CUGCAACUUGCAGCUUUCAGGUCGUGAUUGCAUUUUGGAAGCAGGAGAAUAGAUAUGGCCUACGCGAGUAUAGCAUCUCUUGUAAGAACAAUGGAACUGCUGUUGACGUCUGAUUCGCCAAUGCUAUACCUUGCUUUUUAUCACAGAAGAAAUUGUAGCUCUUCAUCAGAAAGUGAGUUCUAUAGAAGCAUUUCUCAAGAACUCCGAGAAACAAAUCAGUAAUUAUGGGGCAAUGACAGAUUUGGAAGCGCAGAUAAAAGGUUUUGCGAAUGCUGCUGAAGACAAAAUUGAAUUUGGAUUAAGAGAAGCAAUGAUAGCAGAAGCUGAAACGCGGAGAGGAAAAGCAAAUGAGGAACUUUGUGAGAGCUUGCAACAAGUAGCAAAGGACAUUGACCGUGUCCAAGAAGAGUCGAAAAAGUUUCAAGAUCAUAAAGGUAGACAAGCAUCAACGUGGUCCUUGGCACGAGAUACAAGUACAGAAAAAUUACCUAAUCUGGAAGUUACGAACAAUAUGGUGGGACGUGGCAAGGAAAAGAAAAGGGUGCUUGAAGAACUCAGAGGAGGCUCUUCCGACGAACUAAAUAUCAUCUUAAUCGUCGGGAUGGGAGGCAUUGGCAAGACAACAUUAGCAAAACAAGUUUUUAACCAUCCUUUGAUUCAGUCCCGAUUUGAUGUUCGUGCUUGGGCUACUAUAUCUAAAGAAUAUAAUGUGAGAGAAAUCCUGCUAAGUCUUCUUCAAUCUAUAAUCAAAAUCGAUGACAAAGUCUACAGCAAAGAUGAGGCAG